CGGCGGCGCAGGUGAGGCGCGGGCCCGAGCCGGAGGCGGCCAGGCGGGCGGGACCCCCCACCGCCCGCACCUGCUGGGCCCGCAACACGCGGGAGCCGCACCUGCUGCCGCGGGCCCCGCCCCGCGGGGAGCCGGGCUCCGCACCCUGCGCACCCCCGAGCCCGGUCCCUCUCCGCCUUCUCUCUCUCUUUCUCCGGUUUGGUUUGGGUUUUUGGAGGGCCGGGGCUGGUCUCAAGCUGUUUUCGCUGCGGGAAGUCUUUGAAAUUGGGGAUCUAGAAGAGUGGCCCUAGGCGACAAUGCCGGGCAUUCCCAGACCCGGGCGACGCUGGGAUUCCGGGCAAGUGGAGGCAGAGGAGCCGGUACUGGACCGGCAGCCGCCCCCGAAGCCCCUGGCAGGGACGAGCGUAGCUGUCCUGCCGGUCCCCUCCCCACCCCGGCCCGCGCUGCGGUGACAGCCGGGGGUCUAGAGAGCCGGCAGGAAGAGCCCGCACGUUGUCUGCGCGAGGGACGUGGGCGUGCCCACCGAGUUCACCUCCGCCGGGACGGCCGCCGGGGAGGAGCCGCCGCAGAGCGUCCUCCGGUAGGCUCGGAGCGCCGGCACCUGGGCCUGGGAGCUGUUUGCCUGCCGAGCAGCUGGUUCCCGGAGCCCGUGGGCCUCCCGGCCAGCACGGGUGACAGCGACCUUCUGGGUUUAGAAUUAAGGGCUUAAAACGCCAGAACGUCCCCCCGCCGCUGGCCAGCGACCCUCCAGCCCCAGCAGCCCGCGCUCUGAUCCGGGUGACCCAGGAGAGAGCAGAGCCACUGCUGGAAGGAAGAGGGAACGAGACCCCGUGGGACACUUCUCUACUCACUUUCCAGCCCGCGUAAGCCGCAGGUGCAGUUGAGAGAGAACCUGGAGCCAGGAUUAAUAACCUAUUUAUGAAGCACCUUAUUUUGUGACGAAGCUCUAUGAUCAGUAGCAACGUAAAUGGCUCAACUCCCCGCCGGCAUUCGCUUCAUCGUCUCCUUCUCCAGGGAUCAGUGGUACAGAGCCUUCAUUUUUAUUUUGACAUUUCUGCUGUAUGCAAGUUUUCACUUAUCUCGAAAGCCUAUCAGCAUAGUUAAGGGUGAGCUCCACAAGUAUUGUGCUGCGUGGGAUGAGGCUGAAGUCAGAUUCAGCAGCCAGAGCAACAAAGCUGGGUACGUUACCCCUCGCCAGCUCCCAGACAACAAGACUGACUGCGGCUGGGCACCAUUCGAUAAGGACAACUAUCAGCAGUUGCUCGGCGCCCUGGAUUACUCCUUCCUGUGUGCCUACGCCAUCGGGAUGUACCUGAGCGGCAUAAUAGGGGAGCGCCUGCCGAUUAGGUAUUACCUGAGCUCCGGGAUGCUUGCCAGCGGAGCCUUCACUGCCCUGUUCGGGCUGGGGUAUUUCUACAACAUCCACAGUUUGGGAUUCUACGUGGUAACUCAGGUCAUCAACGGGCUGGUGCAGACCACGGGCUGGCCCAGCGUCGUCACCUGCCUCGGCAACUGGUUCGGAAAAGGAAGGCGAGGUUUGAUCAUGGGGGUCUGGAACUCCCACACCUCUGUGGGCAACAUCCUGGGGUCGCUGAUUGCUGGCUGCUGGGUGUCUACGUGCUGGGGCCUGUCCUUCAUCGUGCCUGGGGCCAUCGUGGCAGCCAUGGGGAUAGUGUGCUUUCUCUUCCUCAUUGAACAUCCCAAGGACGUCAGGUGCUCCUCCACGCUGUCCACGCAUUCCAAAGGCUAUGAGAAUGGUACGAACAGAUUUAGACUCCAGAAGCAAAUCCUAAACAGCGAAAAGAACAAGCCUCUGGACCCAGAGAUGCAGUGCUUGCUGCUGUCUGACGGGAAGGGCUCCAUCCAGCCGAACCACGUUGUCAUCGUCCGGGGGGACAGUGGGAGUGGCACAGCGGCCAUCAGCUUCACAGGGGCCUUGAAAAUUCCAGGUGUGAUAGAGUUCUCGCUGUGUCUGCUGUUUGCCAAGCUGGUCAGCUACACAUUUCUCUUUUGGCUCCCGCUCUACAUCACAAACGUGGAUCACCUGGAUGCCAAAAAAGCCGGGGAGCUCUCCACCUUGUUCGACGUGGGCGGGAUCUUCGGUGGAAUCCUGGCCGGUGUGAUCUCGGACCGACUGGAGAAAAGGGCCUCCACCUGUGGCCUUAUGCUGCUGCUCGCAGCCCCCACGCUCUACACGUUCUCCACCAUCAGCAAAAUGGGGCUGGAAGCCACUGUAGCGAUGCUGCUGCUCAGCGGGGCGCUCGUCAGCGGGCCCUACGCGCUCAUCACCACCGCCGUCUCCGCCGACCUGGGGACUCACAAGAGUCUGAAAGGAAACGCCCACGCCCUGUCCACUGUGACCGCCAUCAUCGACGGGACUGGGUCUGUAGGAGCGGCCCUGGGCCCCUUGCUGGCUGGGCUCAUAUCCCCCUCUGGAUGGAGCAACGUGUUCUACAUGCUGAUGUUCGCAGAUGCCUGUGCCUUAUUGUUCCUGAUCCGCCUCAUACACAAGGAGUUGAGCUGCCCGGGGUCAGCGACGGGGGACCAAGUUCCGUUCAAGGAGCAGUGACCACUCACGUCCCAUGGAGGGAGUCUGGGCUCAUCCUCCGCAAACUGUCGUUCAAGGAAAGUUCAAAUAAAGGAUCCUGUGUUGAAAAGAAUGGUUUACUCUUGCCUUUUGCACAUGCACCUGGAAAAGACACAAAAGCCAGCCUGAGAAUUCCUGGUACUAUUUUAAACGAGACGUGGGGUCCAGAGCAGAAUGAGAAGGUCCACAGGAACUGCUGUCCAGCUGCCUGCCUGAGCGGAGAGAGGGGACCCAGCCAGACAAAGGCCCCGACGGCGUGUGCCCAUCCGGCCACUCACAUGGACUUGUGACAGUGACGUAGGCGGACGUGUG